AUGUCAGAGAAAGCAUUGGUUGAUUAUUCAGAGUUGGAAGAGUAUCUGAAAAGUAUCGGGAUAAAAAGCUUUGAUUCCUCGCAAUUUAGUGAAAUAGAAAUAAUUGGACGAGGAGGAUCUGCGAUCGUGUAUUCGACUAUUUUUCAGAAAAAGAAAUGUGUUCUAAAAAGUUUAAAUAAUAACCUGCUGUUGGAUGUAAAAAGAUUUAAACAAAUUAAACAUAAAGUUAGUCGUGAUGAAAGAUCAGACAUUUAUAGUCUUGGAGUAUUGCUAUGGGAACUUACAAGUGGAAUUCCACCGUUUCAUGGUCUUAACAUUGCGACCAUAAUCUUAGAAAUUUCGCAGAAUAAAAGAGAGAAAAUUAUUGUCAAUACACCAUCAGAUUACGCCAAUCUCAUCGAGAAAUGUUGGUCAUCUGAUCCAGAUCAACGUCCAACACUAGAUGAAAUUUUGAUAAAACUUGAGAAUUUAUCAAAUAAAACAACUAUUGAAUUUAUAACAAAUGAAAACAUCAAGAACAAUCAACAAAUUGUGCAACCAGAGUCAAAUAAUGAAGAUUCAUUAAAUUUCUUUAAUUGUAGGACUGAAACUACAUGCAAACGUCAUGAUGAAUCCAACCCAAAAGAAGAGUCACAAGUAUUACCUGUCUCGUAUUUAUCCAAUAAUCAUAAUAUUGAUGAUAAAAUUGAAUCUAACAACGACGAACACUCAAAUGAUAUCUCUAGCGAUUCAAGUAAGCUAGAUGAAGUUAUUCUGGAUAACGCACCUAAAACCUCAAAUAUGGACAUACAAUCACUCACUAGUUCUGAAGAAAUAUUGAAAGCUAUACGAACUUUAUCUAACCUCAUAGACGAAUU